AUGUCUAAAUACACAAAUUCAUCUGUUCGUCAGAGUCAAUUACCAUACAGAUUAAACAGUAAGAAACAAGUGCAUUUAACAAAUACCUUGACUUUUACUAAUGAAAGUAGUACUAGAUCAAUUAAAUACAAUGGAGGCCUCGCCACAAUUCACGAAAUUGAGGAAGAUUUAACAAACGGAAGAAGUUUGGGCGAUAUCAACUUCAACAAAAUUAACCAACAAAACAGUUUUUAUGCAGAAGGAAAUGAAAGAUUUAACAAAUACAAGAGGGUUAAAAGUGGAAGUUUAUUACAAAGGAAGAAAGUAACCAGUCAAAACAAGUGUGCGAGUGAUGAAAAACAUUCUUUUUCCCAGUCUACCGAAAUAAUCCGACAUAAUAUCAACAACAAUAUUAACAAACGCAAUCAAAAUAUUGAUAGGGAUGAUAAUAAAUCACAGUUUAAAGACAGGGAUUUUAAAUUGAAGGAAUCCGAACCUCAUAGUGUGAAGAAAUUUGAAUACACGGCAUCCAGGAUCAGUGACCAAAGAGACAUUCUUUGUGAAAUAUCAGAUAAUCCUGAAACAGAAAAAUCUACCACUGACAAAAAUCUGAAACCUGAUUGUCAAAUUAAUUCGGUGAAGACGCUAAAAUCAGAAACAAACAAAUACAGAAAAUUGAGCAAAGACAAAGCGGAAGACAGUUUUCAAGAAGUUGGAUCAACAGCAACCAUUCGCAGCUCAAAGAUCAAGAAAUAUGCAAGUGCAAUACCUAAGUUGAAAGGAAAUGUAGCUAAUCCUGGUGGAUUAAGAAAAGUAAGUAAUUUCAAGAGUAAUCAGUCUACCUUCAACAAUACUGAUCUUUCUUCAAAUAAACACUGUACAGCUACAACAUCUCAACCCGAAAACAAAGUGAACAAACUUCAAGUACAGGAAACACCUACUACCAAUGUUAUCUCGAAUAAGCAAUGUCUACCUGUGCCCAAACAUACAGGUAAGAAAAACGUUAGUAGGUUGUAUAUAGUUGAUACAAUCAGUAGAACAGACAAGACAAUACCGUUUAAUAAAGGAGAUGUACAAAAUCAACGAAGCGAUGGUAUAAACAAAUACUGUCGUAAUACACGUGUUAAUGAACCGGUAACAAUUAAAGGUAGAUUAAGUAAGACUGGAACGUCGAGGACAACCCUAGUUACAAAAGAGAACAGUGAUUUGACAGAAUCUUGCACUGGUAAUCUAAGCCUCAAUUCGAAUGAUGGGAAACAAAACGAUUUAAAAAGUGCUGGAAAUCUUCAAAAAUUGAAAACUGAAUUGGAUUUUUUAUACGAGGACUUCAAUGCCGACAAAAAUAACCGUAAUGCGAUAGAAGAUCUGACAACGAAAUCUGAGAGUUAUUCUAAAGAAGUGUUACCUCCGAGGUCAAAAAUAGCUUAA